UUCUCAAAGCUAUUUAUCUUUCUUCUGAUCACCCGAGCCAUCUGCUGCUGCCUCGGCCAAGGCGGUGGCGAUGGGGGCGCUAUGGUCAGGUGCAUACAAAGCGAACGGAGAGCUCUGCUUGCUAUCAUAUCCAACAGGUCCACCAACGGCCUCUCCGGCGAAGGGUUCUCUUCCUGGACUGGUGAUGACUGCUGCCGCUGGAAAGGUGUCACGUGCGACAACGCCACCGACCGUAUCACCGAGCUUGAUCUGUCUUUCAGUCAACUCGUCGGACAGAUACCCGAGAGCCUGGGGAACGACCUCGCUCAUUUGGUCUCCUUAAAUCUGUCGUACAACGACAUCUCCGGAAGGAUUCCAGAGAGUUUGGGGAAACUCGUCAGGCUGCAGGAGGUACGAUUAUCUGAUAACCAUAUUUCUGGACAGAUUCCGGAGACAAUUGGGAACCUUCAAAACUUGAGAGUUUUGCAUUUAGAACACAACUCCAUUACAGGACAGAUCCCAAGAACCAUGGGUGAUCUAUGCAACUUGACAGAAUUAGAUCUGUCGAGCAACAACAUCACCGGAAGGAUUCCAGAGAGCUUGGGGAAGCUCGUCAAGCUGCAGGAGGUACGCUUGUUUGAUAACCUUAUUUCUGGACAGAUUCCAGAAACGAUUGGAAAUCUCCCAAACUUGAGAGUUAUGCAUUUAGAAGGCAACUCCAUUACAGGGCAGAUCCCAAGAACCAUGGGUGAUCUGUGCAACUUGACAGAACUAGAUCUGUCGAGCAACAACAUCACCGGAAGGAUUCCAGAGAGCUUGGGAAAGCUCGUCAAGCUGCAGGAGGUACGCUUGUCUGAUAACCUUAUUUCUGGACAGAUUCCAGAAACGAUUGGGAAUUGGAAUCUUCCAAACCUGAGAGUUUUGCAUUUAGAAGGCAACUCCAUUACAGGGCAGAUCCCAAGAACCAUGGGCGAUAUGUGCAACUUGACAGAAUUAUAUCUAUCCCAUAACAAAAUCUAUGGAGAGCUGGCAGAUUUGCUAGAUGGUUUGUCUAGUUGUGCUCAGGGAGCGUCUCUAUCAUCCUUGAAUGUAGAGGGCAACAACUUGAGCGGGCGCAUCCCCACAAGUCUUAGCAAAUUAUCUCAAAUACAAAAUUUAUACCUGUCGUCUAACUCAUUCCAAGGCGACGUCACCGGUGCUCACUUUUCCAAUCUCACCAACUUGUACCUUUUGGACAUCUCUAACAAUUCCUUGAAUGUGAUGCUACCGACUGAUUGGAUUCCCCCGUUUAAUAAUGUGCUCUACAUUAGUAUGAGCUUUUGUCGUCUACCUGCGUUUCCUAACUGGAUUCGGAACCAAACCAGCUUGCAAUUUCUCUACCUGUCAAGCGUUGGAAUGUCGGGAAAUCUUCCAGUUUGGUUUUCCGAUCUCGAGUUGAUCACCGUUUUCUUGGACUCCAACAAUUUGACUGGUCCAUUACCUCAAUUGGGGUCUAUAAUUAGCUGGAUAAAUCUUUCCAAUAACUCCUUUGUUGGCCCUAUACCAUUGACUGUUAACCAUGAUAGUUACCUCUACUUUUUGUCGUUGUCGCAUAACAAGCUCAAUGGCAGUAUUCCUUCCUCCAUCUGCAAUCUAACUGCCCUCUUAGCUCUCGAACUGUCUGAUAACAACUUGACUGGGGAAUUCCCCAAUUGCAGCAACUCAUCUCCCAACGAUCUGGUCUAUGUACACUUGAACAACAACAAACUCUCUGGGAGAUUUCCUUCUUUUCUGAAACAUUGUGGAAAGUUAACUAUAUUGGACAUGGGCCAGAAUAGAUUUUCUGGUGAAAUUCCAACAUGGGUCGUCAGCUAUGAAUUUCUGAUGAUUCUUCGUUUGAGCUCAAAUUCAUUCACUGGUGCCAUUCCAGUUAUAGCAAAUCAUUCUUUUCUUCGAGUUUUGGAUCUUUCAUCCAAUAGUCUUUCCGGAGAAGUGCCAUCGUCUCUGAGGAACCUAACUUCUAUCAUUGAAAGAACAAACACUAGCUUCCCUUUUGGAAAUGAUGGUUAUGCGGAGAGUAUCUUGAUCACCAUAAAAGAAUUAACUAUUGAAUACCCUUUCAGUGUCCUCUAUCUCCUAGCAAGCAUAGACCUGUCAAACAAUGAUCUUUCUGGUGAGAUCCCAACUGAGCUCACAGACCUUCUAGGGUUGACUGCCCUGAACUUGUCAAGGAAUCACAUAACAGGAAAGAUUCCGGAAAAGAUUGGCAGCCUGACACAACUGGAAUCACUUGACUUGUCCUGGAACAGCCUCGCCGGAGAGAUUCCCUCUGGCAUAUCGGAGCUGCAUUUCCUCAGCCACCUGAAUUUAUCUUACAACGACUUGUCAGGAAGAAUCCCAACUGGCACCCAAUUGUCGACCUUGAAUGACUCUUCAAUAUAUGCUGGUAACAGAGGCCUUUGCGGAAUGCCAUUGCCACAGUGCAGAGAUGUAAGCAGUGAAGCUCCAUCUGAUGCAGGAGAUAAAGAAAAUGGCGAUAAGAUUGAAAAAAUAUUCCAAAUCAUUAGCAUUAUCCUAGGGUUUGUGGUUGGUUUUUGGGCUUAUGUUGGGACAAUCUUUAUGAAGCAGAACUUAAGAGUUGCUCUUUUCCGAUCGAUCGACAGGAGCAUUGACUGGAUCUACGUGCAGUUGGCACUGAAAUAUGGAAGACUGAAGUCCAAAUGGCAAAGGACUUGAUUGUUUCUGGUUGUUGCCUGUACCGUGCAUAGUUUAUCAUCUGAUUCUGUAUAAUUA